AUGAGCGGCGAGUGGACCGCUCGUCGCGUCGUCAUCGUCGUCGCGCUCUUCGUUCUCGCCGGUUUCCUCGAAAUUGGAGGUUGUUACGGCUUUUGGAAGAGUUUUCGAGCCGAACCGAACACGCACAAGGCUUGGGCCGUUUUGGGCGCCGUAUCGUUGUGUGCGUACGGUUCGGUGUUUUUGUUGAUGCCGAUGGACGACUUCGGUAGGAUAAUGGCGGUGUACGGAGGGUUUUUCAUUGCGUUGAGCUACGCGUGGGGCGCCGUAGUCGACGGCUUCAAGCUGGACGCGGGCGAUUACAUUGGCGCGACUGUCGUCCUGGUGGGCGUUCUCAUCGCCAUGCUCUGGCCGCGAGAUCGCACGUGA